GUUGCUCCGUGCGGAGCGGCGGCGGCGGCGGCAGCGGCGGCUCCGCGCCAUGGAGGCGCAGGCACAGGGCCUGUUGGAAACACAGUCUUUGCAUGAAACAGAUGAAGACAUGGUCACUGAUGUUGAUUUCACCAGUAUGAUUUCUGAAGAAGAAAAAGAAGAGUUAAAGACUGAGCUAGCCAAGCUAGAGGAAGAAAUUUCAACUUUGCGGCAAGUAUUAGCAGCCAAAGAAAAGCACCUCAUGGAAAUUAAACAAAAGCUUGGCAUAAGUCUGAUGAAUGAACUGAAGCAGAACUUUAGCAAAAGCUGGCAUGAUAUGCAGACAACUUCUGCUUACAAGAAAACACACGAGACCCUGAGCCAUGCAGGACAGAAGGCCACAGCAGCUAUCAGCAACGUAGGAACUGCUAUCAGCAAGAAGUUUGGAGAUAUGAGUUACUCUAUUCGCCAUUCUAUAAGCAUGCCUGCGAUGAGGAAUUCUCCAACUUUCAAAUCAUUUGAGGAGAAGGUUGAGUCCACCGUUACAAACUUUAAGACCAAGGUUGGUGGGACAGGUCACACUGGAGGCAGUUUUGAAGAAGUUCUCAGCUCUACAGCCCAUGCCAGUGCUCAGAGCUCUCUUGCUGGCACCCGACUUCCUGAGAACGAGGAAGAGCUUCAGUGUUAGACUUCUGGCCCUCCCAAGCCUCAUGGGCCUCUGUUUGGAGACCUACCCAGCCAGCAAUUUCUAGAUGUCUCUCACAACCCAGCCUGAGAAACAAGGUUUUGUCAGCUUUGGAAAACUGCCUUGCUGACCUUGUGCCAGAAAAAUUCUUCCUCUCUAUAUUUAUAUUUUGGAUGGGUCAUUUUAUCAGUAGGUAUUUUGUAUGCCACAGGAAUUGCAAAGAAAUAUUUGACCUAUAAUACUCUAAAUUCUAUAAUGUUAAGUGACCAAAUGAAUUUUAAUUUUCAGCUAACUUCUCCCCAGAUUUUCCCAAUCUGUUUUUUACUUUAUUUUACUUAAUUUUUUUUGUUGGUUUGUAACCCCCUUCUCAGUGCCACAUCAGACAGAUGGAACCAGAGCUGUGCAAAGAUUUCUAUUGCCAGCAAUAGUCCAUACACCAACUGUCUAUUAGCCAUACCAGGUGCCCUUUGCUCAGGAGUGUCUAUUUCCUAAUGGAAUUAAAAUCACUUCUUGUCACAGAAAAGUUUUUUCUCUCUCACUGAUACAGUCUGACAUAGCCCUCUACCUAUUAGUUAGCAGAGAUAAGGAGAACAGGAAGAGUUUUUCAUAUAGAAACUAAGCUGAUCACCACUGCUGAUCUAAGCUGAUCAGUGUAGCUGGAAAAGCUUCAAUUUAAAAAUGUGUUUUGUUGCUUGCGUUCUGUGGUUUGAGGGAAGGGAAGGGAGAGGGAAGAAAAGCCUGUAGUAAUUUUGCCUCUAUAUCUUCCCCUCAAAAAUAAGGGAAGGUAAAUUUAUGACUGAACAGCAUGAGCCUCAUUGCAGUUACAGCCUUAAAGUGUACCUAAACAACAAUUAAGACGUGCCAUCGGCUAGAGAGCCCAUGCCUUCAGUCUGUACGUCAGAGCUACUAACAUAAGCCCCACUAUGUUACAAUACCCAGGAUGAGUGAGUACUUCACGUUUUGCGCCAAAUUUUGUCCUGUUUAAUUGCACUCCUGGGCAUAAUUCUAUUUUAUAUCAUCUACUUAGUCACCAAGAGCCAGUCAUCUCUCGCAGCUUUGAUUCAGCAUGUUUUCUUGCAUCCUUUUAACAUUUUUUAAAAGAACAGCACAUUUGUGAGUGUCUUGCUGUAGAGCACAUGUCAGUCUGCAUGUUGUAUUACUCAGUUCACCAGACCAAGAUGAGUGCAAGUUUACCAAGAGUAUAAGCAAAAUGGAAAGUGGUCUGGGAUACUUUUAAAAUGGAUGCUUGUUUUGAGUGUAAGGCAAAGCUUCAAACUGGUGUUAGUGAUUUUAACAUUACACAUUGCUUAAAAUCUUGUGAGAAAAUUUGGCUUUAAGUGAUUUUUCCCAAUGUGGCUUUUGUUUUAGUUUUUACAAAGUUGGAAGUCCUUUCAUAAUGUGUAACUGGACAUAAGUUAGCUUUGACAUUUAUAUAAAAUGCCUCUUUAGUGUAAUUUUAGCAUGGAAGCAAAUGUAAUUCUUUUUAGUACAGUUUUGUUGUGACAGUUUGCUAGCUUAUUUUGCAGAGU